CGUUCGUAGGCUCAUUUGCAUCGCGUCAUAGUUCAUAGGCAGUUUAGCAGCCCAGGAAGUUUUAGCCUGAUCGAUUGAUUUUCCUUCCACCACCGCAAACCAGAGAAACGCGAAGACGUGUGUGUGUGACUGUGUGUACGUAGUGUAAUACGGGCUGUAAUAACGCAAGGGCCGCGUUGUAUCCCGUUUGGCCGCAUUUGAUCCACCCCGCGAGAUUUCGGUCCAUGCCAGCAGCUGCCUGAGUAUGUUGGACUGAUCCAUACCGCUGCAUCAGGGAGAUGGGGAUUCGCAUGCGACACAAUCUGUUGUAACCAGAGAAUAACCAGCGACAACCCAAGGAAUCGGCACAUUGGUGAAUUGCUCAGCCCCACUCACGGCAUUUUGCGCUUUACAACCUGUUCUGCGAAACUUCACUGCCCCGCGUUGACACUCGCGGAACAGAACGUCCCUUCGCCAGAAUCUCUCCUGCAUCCUCAUCGGUCGGGAAUUAUUGGGGGUUCCAGUGCAGGGAUCAACGCCGCACAUUCCUGAUUGCGGAUUCGGAUCGCCGUGCGAUUUGUCUCCCUGCGCCCAGUCUGCAACGUGCAUUGUGAAACGGUUUGACAGCAUUUUAUCCCCCAAUGUUCCUGUAUAUUCUCAGCAAUAAUCAGCCAACCGACCGGAUUGUUGUUUCUGUGCCGGGAAAAUAGAGAGACAGAAUUUUCCUUCAUUUAAUUUUAUUCGCAUCGUCAUUGUUGCAUAAAACGAUUUGGCAGGCAUGGCGGAAAACCUGUGUGGGGGGUAGGAAAAUUUGACUUGCAAUUGUGUGUGCGACAAGUCGUCGGACAGACUAUCACGUGGAUGUUUCACAGCAUUUGGCCAUUGUUGCUGUACACAUCCUUAUUCUGACUUUUGACGCAUAUCUGUUUAUUGUGAAUGCUCAAUUAGACGUGCCGAUUUACUGUCAUAAUUGAUAAUUCAUGGUAUCCGUGCACUGUGUAGUGCUUUCUAUUUGAGAAUCAUUUUUCCGUGGCUCCAAAACGAUGGCUGGCCGAUCGACAGAAUAAUUAUAAUGGUGUACGUGGAAUAAAUCCGCGCGACACUCUCGGUGUGCCGUUUAAUCUCCGGGAAAUUACGUUUUGAUUUUCUUCACGUGUCGGUGUGUGUCUGCGGAUAUACAUUUAUUAUCUCCUUUACGUCGGAUCUCAUGGGGAAACGCAAUAGCAAGCUCAAAACGGAAAGUAUCCAGGAAUUAGCCGAGAAGACGCACUUUACGGAAAAGGAGCUACGGCAAUGGCACAAAUGCUUCAUAAAGGAUUGUCCAGAAGGAGCGUUAUCGAAAGAGGCAUUUCUAAGGAUUUACGGCGAGUUUUUCCCGAACGGUGGAGAUCCAACGAAAUUCGGGAAUUUCCUUUUUAAAGUUUUUGACCAGAAUAAGGAUGGCCUGAUCCAGUUCCACGAGUUCAUCCAAGCCCUUUCCAUUACCUCCAGAGGGAAUCUGGAUGAGAAACUUAAUUGGGCCUUUCGAUUAUACGAUAUUGAUGAUGAUGGUUACAUAACGCGGGAUGAGAUGCUGCACAUUAUAGCGGCAAUCUACGGGAUGGUGGGCAAGACCGAGGAUUCCGAAGGGCGCAGUCCGGAGCGGCGGGUCGAUCGAAUAUUUCAGAUUAUGGAUAAGAAUCACGAUGAUAAAUUAAGUAUGGAAGAGUUUCGAGAAGGAACGAAAUCGGAUCCCGCCAUAUUAUCAGCCUUAUCCUUUUACGAUGGCAUUGUUUGACCGGUUUUUGGGGUUGAUGAUGUGCCGUGCGGAUACAACGCCGCCAUGUUCCCGCACACAGUCCUCACUAUCCCAAAAAUGAUUUGCCGCUGUCCAGACAGAGUGAAGUAGAAAGAGAAAGACAGAGACCGAAAAAUGAUGAUUUUUUCCUAAUGUGCUACGUCGACAACCACUCCCGAGUCCCAAACUGCCAUUUCUCCGCGCUGCUUUUUUGAUUGUCUUUGUAAUCCCUGAGAAAAAUUUCCCCUCGGUCCAAAUACUGGGCACGUCAUGCCACGGGAUAUGAUGAUGAUUAAAAAUUUGGGGUUUUUUUUCGUCUUCGACUGAUGGACGGAAGCCAGAGAUUUCCUCCAGUUAAUCGAUGACGGAACUCUCGCACGGGAAAUGAAUAACCGAUACUGUUGCAUGCAUUGCGCAGUAUUUUGCAAUGUGAUUGGGACGCUGCUGGGUGUUUUGCGACCGUUGGUACUACCCCGCCAGUGCAAGUCUGGUCCUUGUGAUUUGUAGCCAAUAGUUAUUAAUUUUUGUUUUUCUCGGAACAGAAUAACCCGUAACCCAGAAAAAUACCGGGGAAGAUUUUGUUUUUGGGGGGAAAAUGAAUCCCGUUAAUUUUGCUGUUUUGAUUUCGCUGGGUGCUGGUUUUGUGUUUUUCCCGGGUGGGCGAUCGGGGAUGGGAUAGUAGUUCUGCCUAUAGAUUUUACCGCUUUAUUAAAUCUUUCUCACACCCGUUUUGUUCCCUCUUCGAUUUGUUUUUUCUCUCUCUCUCUGAAAAAAUCGUGCUCGUAUUUUCGUUUCAGUUUUUGGAAGAAAUCCCUUGUUUCCUGAUUUUGUUUUACUCUCCUUUUUUGAAUCUGUUUUGAAUAACGUGGAGUCUCUCUGUGUAUGUUUGGAAUCUGGAAAGCCAGUCUUGCUAAUAGCGAAGCAGAGAAUGGAGCCUUUCGUGAGUGGGGACGCGGGUGUUUCCAAAGAGAAGAUGGAAGGGGGCGAAAUUGAGUUGCAUGUGAAAUGUUUCUGUUUUGAGUGCGGAUAAUGAGUGUUCCUUCUUUUUUUUUACCUCAGUGCUUUCUCAAAUGAAUAAUUAUUAACGGGGGAAAAAUAACUGUAUGUUUAUGGACCAUUUCUUUCUCCUUAUAGGCAGGAAGAUGUGGCCCAAUUUAUCGAAUCUCUCUUUCGAUGUAAUAUUUUUGGUUUCGCUGAUAAUUAUUUGACUUUGGCUUCUGUGUUCUCCUCUUAAACUGCAAUUACUGUAGUAUCGAUAAGUGAGAUUAAGAAAAGAUAUAACUGGA